CAAAAUUGCACCUGGAGGAAGCUGUUCAUUGAACUGAGCCUUUACAAAAGGCUGGCCACAGUAGGCACAUACCCUCUAGAUGCCAACCCCAACCAAGAACAAGAUUACAAGGAGCAUGACGAGGAUGCUGACGGCUUUUAUGGAGAUGUAGGGCAAAUCCUGCUUUCCUAUUGCAUUGGGAUUGUGGUUAUCACUCUCAUCUACCGUGUUUAUAUUUGGAUUAGCGAGAGAAAUGAAGAUGAAGAACUGCCUUCUGACAAGUGGACUAGCAACCCAGAUGUUCCCAGGGAAUCCAGCUGUAUGCGUCACUGCAAGUUCAGCCUCUGGGACUUUGUCAGCAAGUUUUUCAGCUGGAAGAACAAAAAGCCUGUCCUGUUUUCAGAGGUACCUACAGCCGGGUACCCCUUAGAAGGGAGGCCGGAGAGGUUUUUCACAAAGCUCAGCCAGCUGAACAUCCCUGACAGCCACUCCUCGGACACAGACAGCGAGGACUGGAACUCAGGUGCAUCCUCAUGGAAGGAGAGCGAGACGGAAAACAUCCCCAGCACCGACAGCCGUUGGCAGAAAAAGGCAGGGCAGAAGCAAAGGAAUGUGGGGGACCCCUGGAUCAGGGAACAGCCCUGUCUUCACUGCAAAGCCAAGAGGACAAGGCAAUGGCUGUCCCAACAUUUCUUCCAUCCUGUCUCAUCUCUUCCUGGGAAGGGUAACCCACGAGAAGAGAACUGCUGCUGGGGAAUUAGCACAUGAUAUGCUUAAUUUCUGAGUUUUAUUUGGGCCCUUACUUGAUUGAAUCCAUUAGAGGGACAGAAUCUAGGUGAAAGCACAACACUGAGGGAGUCAUUUCAAUAAAACUUGACUACAGACAAUAAAUGUGCCCAGCACAAUAU